AUGGAGUGUGCUUCCCCUUUUUCCUUCGCCGCCCACGACGACAACCCCGAGGCCCGGGCCUCUGGAGCGGCCAAUGCCCCCGAAAGGCCAGCCCUCCGGAAUCGCCGGAAAUCCCAGCUCAAUGCCCGGCGGAAGUCGUUUGUCAACAGUAUUGCGGAUGGCGAAGAAGCCCUGCUUCUCAAGAUGGAUGCCUUCCUCGCCGAGCUAGAGAACCGGUUGGAGUACUGGGAGAACUAUGGAGAGCUGACUCUCGACUCUUCCAUUGAGGCGGCCCUGUCUACGCUGCAGGCCGUACAAACAAGAUGCUCCCAAGUGUCAGAGGAAGUGAUGGGUGCCGGUCGCAGACGUCUCCAUGUUCUCGUCGAGACUCUGGAGACGAGCUAUCACGAGGCCAUGGCCGCCGCCGGGUCGCUAAACGAAAAGGCCAAGGUCGGCAUCGAUCUGCUUGACGGCAUGCUGGAAGACUUGGAGGUCCAGGCCAACAAGCUUCGUGAAAAGGGAUUGGCCAACGCUGCCGAGAGCCUAAUGGGCGAGGGCAAGAGAGUCAUGGAGGAGGGUAUUGGGAGGGCCAUGCGUGCUGCUGAGAGUCUCGAAGAUCAUAUCCAGCGCGCCAUUACCCAGGCGAGAGAGAAGGGCUUGAUCAGCUACGAGGAACUACCAAUCCCGUGGAGGAUCAAUCCUCACAUCCAAAAGGGCUAUCGGUUUUCCGAGAACAAGCUGGCUUGCAUCAGGUCCGCUUUCACAUUCUCCAACGAGCUGAUCAACAUCUGGUCCCACGCCCUGGGUCUCAUCCUCGUCCUGGCCGUUGCUUUUUACUUCUACCCCACCAGCAUCAACUUCUCGCAGAGCACCAAGACCGAUAUCGCCAUCGCCGCCAUCUUCUUCUUCGCGGCCUGCCAAUGCCUGGCCUGCAGUGUCAUCUGGCAUACCAUGAACUCCGUCGCCGAUGUCAACCUGAUCUCCAUGUUCGCCUGCGUCGACUACACCGGCAUCUCGCUUCUCAUCGCUGCUUCCAUCAUCACCACCGAAUACACGGCCUUCUACUGCGAGCCCGUUAGCCGGUGGGUCUACAUGAUUGCCACAGCUAUCCUUGGCGUCGGCGGUGUCAUCCUCCCGUGGCACCCUCGCUUUAACGGGCAGGAUAUGGCCUGGGUGAGAGUGGCUUUCUAUGCCGGUCUUUCUGCCAGCGGUUUCCUGCCCAUCUUCCAGAUUUGGCUCACCCGCGGCGGCCUGUCGGUGUGGGAGCACUACUCGCCCAUACUCGAAUCGGUCUUUGUCUACUUCCUCGGCGCUCUCGUCUACGCCAGCAAGGUCCCUGAGAGGUGGUGCCCCGGCAUGUUCGAUUACGUCGGCGGCAGCCACAACCUCUGGCACAUUGCUGUCCUCGGCGGCAUCCUGUUCCACUACAACGCCAUGCAGGAUUUCUUCUCGACUGCCUUCAGGCGCGCCCAGGACUCUUGCCCUAUGUAUUAG